UCUGAAUACUUCAAUGGAGGGUAACCGAGAAAUAAGGCAAUGGCAAACCCAGCCGCCGCCGCCGCCGCCGCUGGCGGCGGGCACUAAGGUGGAGAGAAAAGUUAUGGAGAAGAAUCGAAGAAAUCAGAUGAAACUGCUCUACUCCAAACUCAAAUCUCUCCUUCCAGACCAACCCUCCAAUGUGGCAAUGAACGUGUCUGACCAGGUAGAGGAAGCAAUAAACUACAUAAAAUCAUUGGAGACGAAGCUGAAGAGGCAGCAGGAGAAGAAAGAGUGGCUUCUGAGAAGCGGAAGAUCGUCCAGCGACGACGUCGGCCGGAAUUUGCCUGAACUGAAAAUCAGAGAAAUGGGUUCGGCGGUGGAGGUUGUUCUAACCAGUGGGUUGGGGGAUUGGUUCAUAUUCUACCAGAUUAUUCACAUCUUUCCUGAAGAGCGAGCUCAGAUAAUCAAUGCCAGUUAUUCUGUUCUUGGAACCACUGUCUUUUAUACACUCCACGCUGAGAUUGAGGACGUUGUGUACGAAUUUGGAGCAAGAAAACUAACUGAAAGACUGAAAAAAUUAGUUUACGGAUCCACCAGUGAUGCAGAAAUUACGCAGCCAUCAGCAGCAGCUUCCUACAUUCACCCGCCGGGGGCGGCCGCGGCCUAUACUCCGACUACUUACAAUCCCCAUUUUAGGAGCCACGAGAUUUGAAACCACCCGACACAAAUUUCUACCGUUCUUUCUUGAGAUCGAACAUCACAAGAGUUAGUUCGUGAGAUGGAAUAUCGUCGAGAAAUGAUUGGUGGAGGCUAAAAUAACCUGCAUCGUUGAUUGU